CCUUUCGUGGGGCGCCUCCUUUCCGCACCCAGUUCUUCCUCUCGGGCGGGAGGCUUGACUCCUUCCUUGUGCCGCUCCAUCCUUGAGCAAACCACCGCCUGCCUUCCUCCCUUCCCUCGCCUUUGGGAGCCUUCGUGGGGGCUACACAAGCACAGCCUCCCUUUCCCCGCGAGUCUUCGUCCUUUUCCCUGCAGGGAAACUCCUCGGCUCGCCUCGCGUGAACCCCAAAGCCCCGUCCAGCUGGAAUGAAUAUAUCUGAGCCUCUUUUUUGCCGAGAGGAACGAUCCCAAGCCCGAGGCGACUUUUCAUGGGGAGCCGUCGCGGCAGCAGCAGCAGCAGCAGCUCCGCCUCCUCCUCCGUCCGCACCGGCGCCAGCCUCCGCGUCUGAUCCGGGACACGCAUCUUUCCCUCGAGGGGCGCCGGACCCGGCCUCUCCUUCCAGCCGGAGCCAGAGCCAGAGCCCCGACCCGGGAUUCGGAUACCGAGCCGGAGCGGAGAGCCGCUCGCCCAGCCCCGACCGGGACCACCCCCAGCAUCACCAGCAGCACCAGCAGCAGGGCUAUGGCUUCCGCAGGAGCGCCGACGGCAAAGGCAACGGAGGGCCCGGCGGAGAGGAUUCCCGCAUCCGGCGCCCCAUGAACGCCUUCAUGGUCUGGGCCAAGGACGAGAGGAAGCGCCUGGCCCAGCAGAACCCCGACCUCCACAACGCCGUCCUCAGCAAGAUGCUCGGCCAGUCGUGGAAAGCCCUCAGUGCCAACGACAAGCGGCCCUUCGUUGAAGAGGCAGAGAGGUUGAGGAUCCAGCACCUGCAAGACCACCCCAACUACAAGUACCGCCCCAGACGGAAGAAGCAAGCCAAGAAAAUCAAGCGCAUGGAGCCCAACAUCCUUCUCCACAACCUCUCCCAGCCUUGCAGCGGUGACGGCUUUGGGAUGAACCCCCGUUCUGCUGGAGGCAUCGGCCACCCAGCCCACUCCCAGCCUCCUCCACUCAACCACUUCAGGGAACUCCGCUCGGUGGGCUCCGACAUGGAGAACUAUGGCCUCCCGACGCCGGAGAUGUCCCCCUUGGAUGUCCUGGAGCAGACCGAGCCGGCCUUUUUCCCUCCGCACAUGCAAGACGACUGCAAUGUGAUGCCCUUCCGGGGCUAUCACCACCACCCACCACCACCUCCUCCUCAGAUGGAGUUUUCACCCGAAAAAACCCUGGGGAGGAACCUGUCGAUGGGCUACCCUUCAAACACCUCGGCACACCUGGCUGAGGCCAUGAGGACUUCCCACCCUUCUGGUAUGUACUACAACCAGAUCUGUGCUGGAGCCACUAACGGGCUUUCUGCUCACUUGGGCCAACUCUCCCCACCUCCUGAAUCUCACCCUCUGGAUGGUGGGGAGCACAUGAAUCCCACCGAGCUUUGGACCGAAGUGGACCGCAACGAGUUUGACCAGUAUUUGAAUAUGAGCAGGACUCGUCCCGACCCGCCGGGGUUUGCCUACCAUGUGUCCAUGUCCAAAUUAACUCCUCGGAGCCUCUCCUGUGAGGAGAGCAGUUUGAUAUCGGCCUUGUCUGAUGCCAGCAGCGCCGUUUACUAUAGCACCUGUAUUACUGGGUAGGGGGCUACGCCUUCGGGUUACGUGUUCACCUGGGGGAGAGGUUUCAGGAUACUUUACAAGCUGGACCUGGUUCAAUAGUCAUUUCCUCAUGCCAAGGAACCCUGGGGAGAGAUCAGGGGGUCUACAACGCAAUGACUAGCAUUAUCUUUUAAGUCCAAUUCCCAGGAUUCUUUGUUUGAAGCCAUGACCAUUAUAUAUAUGUAUAUUCAAUAUAAGCUUGGAGUAUACAUGUUUCCUUAUGAGCCAGUAGCAAGGAAGGCAUGGGCACAGAUGCUCAUUUGGGUUGCCAGAUCUCAGUCCUGUCCGAAGCUCCAAUAGAGAGGGAUUCAAAAUCUCAAUUUUUCAUGAGGGACAGAGUCACUUGCCAACCUCCAAUUGGGCAGCCAACAGUGAAGUUUGCUUCACAUUGCAAAGAUUAAUUGGCUUGAACUGAAUUUUGUAUUGUCCAAAUUUCCAACCAGAAAAAUAGGUUCUCUGCAUGCAUAUUUGAAUGACAACCUGCGCACAAUAGUGGUUGUACGUCAUGAGUAAAGCCAUCACUAGGCCCUCUUUCUAAGUUGCUAAUAGGUUCUCUGCAUUCAUAUUUGAAUGACAAGCUGUGGACAAUAGUGGUUGCACAUAACGCUUAAAGCCAUCACUAGGUCCUCUUGCUAAGUUUCAGAAAUUUCAA